AUGGAUUCCAACUUUCAAUAUUUCGUGGAACACGUGGCAUCUUGCCCCAAUAUCACAGCAGAAUACCUAUCUGGUCUUUGGAUUUCACUGUUCCAGUCACAUCAGCAAAACAGGUUCGGUAAACCUAUGCCAUGGAUUGGGAUGUAUAUUGCAUUAGCAUCUCUGUUCUGCAUCCUUGCAAUGAUGGCUGACUUAUUACAUGGUUUGCGGAACAGAAAGCUCUGGUUUCCGUGUAAAUAUUUCACUCUGAAUGCUGCUUCUCUCACUGUGAUAGCUGUUGCUAUAAAGCUACCCAUGGAUCUAACUAAUCUAAUGCCAAGUUAUGAGGACCAGGCUGCGAAGCUUGGAAGUGUGAGCUUUAUGUGCACCAUAAUGGCUAAUCUAUUGCCUUCUCUAGCAACUAUGAACAGCAAGGAACUUGUGACAAAUAUGAUAGCUUUAGGCGUUCUGGUAAUCACCUUGGUUGUGAAUGUCUGCAUUCAAAUAAACACGGGAGUCCUCUCCUAUCAUGAAGAGGAAACUGUGGUCUUAACAGGUUUUACAGAUGGAGACUAUACACUAUUCUACCCAUCUUUCAGUUUCAUGCUAACAAUCAGUUACGUGGUUGUGUUACUCAUGUUGUUGAUAAUAUAUGCAUGUUCAUCUUUAGCAAUUCUAAAGUCCAAACAAAUUCUGGAAUCGAAAUACCAAGCAGCUCAUCAAACAACUUUAAAGGAUCAGGAGCUCCUACAACCGACUGUUGACAAGCUAAAGAAACAUGUGAGCAACUACUGGAUUAUGGCAAAAACGGGAAGCCCCCAAUUCAUGACAGCUUCCUUUGCUACAACCUCUGCUUCUGGGGUAAUAUGUGCUUUAACCACUAUCUUACAUAUUUGGAGUAUGCCUAUUUUCAGGAUGCCACACACAAGGGACUUUAGGUCGGAUUAUAAGUGGUCAAUGUUACUGAUUCGCAUAGUACAACUUAUUGGAGUCAUUCUGGGUACAAUUGCCCCACUUGCUAGAUGCUUUGCAGCCUUGAGCUUUAAGUUAUCAGUAAAAUGGAUUUGGAGGCAUAUCAAGGUCUUUAAAGUAGAGAGCUACUGGACCCAGAAAUUAUCUGAUUGGAAAUACAGCAGCUUACCAUUCCCAUCCAGUAGGCGUCACUGCAAAAUUGUUAUCCAGACUUUGAAAAGCUUAUUUCUCAACAUUUGUAUAUCAUUUCAGCUGAUAGUCGUGGUAGCAUGCAAAAUUAUAACGCUGAUUCCAAUUUUCUUUGUGAUAUGUGUCUUGUAUUGUCUCCGAUGUUGGAAGUGGUUAAAGGCCAUGUUUCGUGCCUCACGUGUUGACUUGGUACAAAACCCCGAUGAACAACUAGAAAAAGAUAAAGAUCUUAGCCGGUAUGUUUUGCAACUUGAAGAUGACAUGGAGUUUCCUGAGAGAACAUUGAAAGGGAUUUUAAAAUCCGUGAACCAUUUGAUCCAGAAGGCUGAAAAACAACAACCCAACAAUCUUAUCAAACUUCUAGCAGAAUCCAGAAGUUUUGAAGGAGUUGAAAAGUUUGACAGCCAUCAUGUUCCACCUUUACUUUCAGAAGAAUAUCUCAACAGUUGGAGCUUGCCAUUGGUAACUCUGACAACAAUCGCCAUGUCUCUUCCUAACAUCCAAAAGAACAUAGUCGAUCGCUUGCUGAUUAGUGCUGUGAGAGAAGGUCUUGUAUAUGUCACACUUGUGGAAGAAAGCCUCGGUGGUAUUGAUGAUCAUGUAAGCAUUCAAAAGGCGGCUAAAACUGUGUGGCUAGAAGUUGAAGUUCACAACACAUGGUUAGGAAACAAGCUGCAAAAACCUGAUUCUCAAGUAAAUACAGCAGGACAGAUUCUUCAAUGGUUGAGCGAUACAGCUAAAAAAAUGGUUAUCAAGGAUGAAGGUAUGCGUACUGGAGUCCCAAAUGAUUAUUCCAAGUGGAGGUGUAUUUCUGCCAAUUCAAUGUAUCGUGUCACAGAAACAAUCCUGCUUUCCUACCAUGGGGAUAUUGACCAGCUUAGCCAGGAGGAACUAUUUGUGCAAAUAUCAUUAAUGACAGCCGAUAUAUUAGCUGCAUGCCUCACCAACUUACCCCAAGUCAUAGCAAUGAAAUGCCACACAAGUGCCAUAGAGAAAAGGGAGGCGAGUGUCCAUGCUGCAGCUCAGCUUCUCGGUGAGGCUACAAAUAUAGUCAACACCCUUCAAGAACGUGAACUUCCAUGCUUGGAUCCAGACGAGUUGACAUCUAUUGACAAGUGGCGUGCUUACUUAAAGGAUCCAUUUCCUUAA